AACAAUAACAGCUGCGCGGCAAACAUUUUAUAAACAAAACAGUAGAAUUUAACAAUUAAUUUUGAUUACCUGGUCAAAUAAAACUCCAAAGAUGCCGGCCCACUGCGCCGUAAUAAAUUGCAGCCAUAAAUAUGUUCACGCUGGCAGCAUUUCCUUCCACAGAUUCCCCUUUAAACGGAAAGAUCUCCUCCAGAAGUGGAAGGACUUUACGCAAAGGAGUGGUCAGUGGAUGCCUUCCAAAUGGAGUGCAUUGUGCAGUCGUCACUUUGUCGAUGAGGACUUCAAUUGCAGUAAUAACAGGAAAACACUUAAAAAGAGUGCUGUGCCCUCGGUUAGAGUUCCGGAUGAGAACCCCCAGCAUGUCCAUUUGCUACAGGUGUCCCCCAGCAGCAGGCCAAAUCACAAACAAACCCUCGCCAGUGCCGCCGAAUCACCGGCAACAGGUGUUAAAGCCACUUGUCGCUUUUGUGGCUCCUCCGCCACCAAUUGCUCCUCGUUCGACAAGAGUUUCGAGCUCUUUGGCAUGAUCCAGAAAUGCUUUCCUACGCUCCAGAUCCUGCAGGACGACACCUUGCCCAAGGAUAUAUGCAAGGAGUGCUGUCUGCUGCUGGAGCGCUUUUCCCAAUUCAUCGAUGUGGUGAUGCUGGCCCAAAGUGAACUGCAAAGGAAAUAUCGUCGCCAGUUGAAGAUCAAACAGGAACCGCUUGUCCGUGUGAAACAAGAGGCCUGCGACAAUCUGGACAAUCUGUUCCCCGACGAACUGGACAUGGGCUUGGAGCAGGACGAGGGCUGCGAUCAAGAGGAAACGGAGCAAAAGUUCCAGUUCUGCGAUUUUCCCAUGCUCAAUUCCCAGGACAUUAUCAACAACUGUGAUAUCAUGGAGAUCAUCAACCUAGAUGAUCCCUUUAUAAACAUUCCGGACGACGCGGAUGUGGGCCAGUCGGAGAGAGUGCAACCCGGAAGAACGGCCAAUGAAAUGCUGCAAAAUGAGCUCCUGACCGAGGAGCACAAUUACGCCAAGGAGGAGUGGCAACUUCCUCCGCAUCAGUACAAAACUGAGAAGGUGGAGGGGGCGGAAACGGCACCAGAUAUUGGUCCUCCGCUUGCCGAUCCGCCACCGCUUCAGGAUCUUAUACCUCCUCUUUCGGCACCUGAACCCAGGUCCUGCAAACCCAUUGUGACCAACGUGAGCCAGAUACCCAAUCCUUUGAUCUGCGAACUGCUGCCACCACCGGCUCCUCCCACUUCAGUCAAACCCAACAUUGUAGUGCUAAACGAUAGUGUGGUCGAAUCCUCGGCUGCCUUUCGGCUGCACAACUGCACCUUGUGCUCUGCUAAAUUUAUAACUAUAGAUAGUUUAAAUCAGCAUUUUACCCAUUGCCAUAGCAAUAUUACACCUAUGGUGAGUGUUCCUCCAAUGAACAUUAGCCUGUCCAGCUUGCCAUUGAACCCUCCCAUGAAACUGGAGGGCAAUAGGGGAUUUGUGGCAACCGAACAAUUGGAUUACUGGCAGCCAGGAUGGCAGAAUAGUCCCAUAUCCACGCAACCUAGGAAAAAGAUUGAUAUCCUGGACAUGCAAAGCAGUUUCAUGCAUCAUAAGGAUCUCAUCUCCACUGCUACCCAACUAACAGCACCUGUUCCCGAUCCUCAGCUGGAUGUAGCGACUGCAAACUAUGCUAAACUGGCUGCUAAAUAUCGGAAAUUGCAUCUGAAAUGCCAGAAAAUGAAAACUUCUAGGAAGAAGCGUAGAAAAUCUUUCGAUUGCCGGAUAUGCAGGAAAAGAUUUUCCAGUUUAAGAAAGUUACACCACCAUCGUCGUAUAGAAGCCCACUUCGUUAAGCUAAUACCCAACUUUUUCGUUCGCUGUUGUGGUUGCCUGAAGUUAUUUCGGUCCCGCUUGGGACUUCGGCAGCAUAUGCGGUACAUUUGUCAAUCGAUGUCGCUUAGAAACCAUCGCCGCAUUCAGAGCUUCAAGUGCCGCCACUGCCAGGCCAUCGCCUUUGCCCACUGGCGCCUAUAUCGUCGUCACGAAGUCAAUUGCAGGCCCAAAAAAUCAAAAACAAAGGACCAGAUGUUAUUGAAUUCCAAAAAGAAAGUCACGCCCGCCCAGAUUUUUGUGUGCAAUAUUUGUAAAAAGUCAUUUGGAUCGCUGAACGGACUACGUCAGCAUAACAUCACCCACUCGACGGAGCGACAGCACAAGUGCGGCAUCUGCGAGCGAGUCUUCAAGCGACGCAACGGACUAUCCCAACACAUUAAGGGCUACCACCUGCAGCUCAAGCCGCACGAGUGUCCCGUCUGCCAGCAUCGCUAUGCCCUGAAAUGCGAUAUGCUGAGGUGCAGACAUUCCCUCCGAAAAGGGCCAAAUGCCGGAGAGUAAACAGAAGACCAGGACAUGAAAGUAAAAUGGAAAUUACUAUCAGCAAAAAUGCUUGAUCAAUAGAUAUGGCCUUCAAAGUAAGUCAAGUUUCAAAAGAUGAAGAUAUAACGUCACUAAAAAUUCUUCUCAACAAUUGCUCUAUUAUUACACAUGGACUUGUUAUACAUGUCAGCAGUAGCAUAAAGCCACUCCAUGGGGUACUUAGUUGGUGGUCUCACACUAUAGCCACGAAGGUGAUAAAGAGUUCGCAGCGUGAAGGAAAUUGAGGCAUGUCAAGAGCUCUGAUGAUAAAGUUAAUUGAU